GGAAGGUCAAAUAAAAAGAACCACUUACACGAAAAAGGCAUUUCAUUUCUCACGUCUGAAGAGAGGUAUCAGCUACAUUAGCAAAGUCCUGCUUCUGGAACACAAUCCUUCGUCUAUGGACCUCCUCAUGUCUCAGAUUCACCAGCUGGACACAAAUUGGAAACAGAUCCAUAAAUAUCAGCAGGGGAAGUCUAAUGUGAGCAUCGACCCACUAACGGAAACAUGAUGGACGAUCAUUCCGCAGAUGAAGGGACAAGGACGGAGCCUGAACUGUUAGCUAAUGAUACAUUUGAAAUAAAGACAAGCGAUGUGUACAAUGUGGAUAAAAACUUACCAGCUCGCUUUAAUAAUCCGGAGUGUUUCAGAGGAUAUAGCCAAAAAAAGAUCAACCCUCUGUACCAAACAACAAGUCAAACAUAUGGAAGCAAAAAACCAACAGUUCAUGAAAUGCCGACAAUCUUUAAAGGAAGUCGUCGGAAGUUUUCUGAGCAUCUUCUGAAAAGUGGCAUGUACAGAGAAAACGGCUUCAACACCGAGCUGGACAAGAGCCGACUCACUGGACCCAAUACAACCACUUCGCUUCAUGACAGAAUCAAUUUCCAUUGCUUAUACCAUACAGACGGGAAACCUCAGUAAAAUACAGUCAAUUUACUCUGUAUAGAACAAAGAAGUCAUGCUUAUUUGAUGCUAGUAGGGGUUGGAUUGUCAUUUUCAGUGCAGACAUAACUUUCUGUUGUGGUGUUUAAAGAAACAACUAAAACCCAAAAAUCUUCAUUUACUCUCCCUCAUGUUUCUUCAAACCUGUAUGAUUUUCUUUUAGGUAAAAUAUAUCUCGACAAAUGCGUUUUUUGUCCAUACAAUGGAAGUCAAUAGGCUCACAAUUUUCAACGUUCUUCAAAAUAUCAGGUUUAAUGACCUGAGGUGAGUAAAUGCUCACAGAAUUUUCAUUUUGGGUGAACUAUCCUUUUAAUUGUACAAAAAUCGAUCCAUUUCAUUUAUAGCCUACUGUGUGUGAUGGAUUCCAAAAUAUUUCCUGUUUGAAUAUAAAAAAAAAACACACAACUAAGUCAAGAAUGUCAAUAUAGUUUAUUUUAUUUGGUGUAGUAGAGUGAAAUUCCACAGUAGAUCUGAACGUGAAAGUCCAGGGAAAAUUCUCUCGCCGUGUGACCCUCACACACAGUGGAAGCCAUCAAAAUAUAAUCCACGAGUUUUAGAAGCACUUUGAACCAAUGCGUGGAGGUAAAGCGGACUAACCUACAAUCAAGCAUGUUAAAAACGUAAUGCAGUGGAGUUGAAAUAAGACGAACCGUGACAUCAGCGAUUCCCAUAGCUCGAACCAUCCAGCAUCCACCUGAAUUGUGAAGCGUCCCUUCGGAAACAGAACUCAUUUGUCGUCGCUGUCGCUACACUGAGGAGACGGGCGGACGGUAUUAAGGGUUUUGGUGUUGACGUUUUCCCUGUUUUUCCUUGGAGCUGUAAGCAGCAAAAAUAUUGUCCAGAGGGCUGGAUUGUCAAGUCCACAAACCUCCAACAUUA